AUGGAUAUUCGUAAUUUACUUAACAAUAAUGAUCAACAACCAGCAGAAUCCUAUUUAAGCAGUAGCGUUUCAUCUUAUUCAUCCAGCAUGACUAUCGAUUCGCCUCCACCUACAUCUAUGACCCACCAAUCAGAUAAACCUUAUGUGUGCACUUGGGAUGAAUGCACAAAACGCUUUUCUAGACGCUCAGAUCUUUCGAGACACAAGAGAAUUCACACAGGAGAACGCCCCUAUCACUGCGAAUGGCACGGUUGCGGAAAGCAAUUCAUCCAGAGAUCCGCUUUGACAGUUCAUUAUCGCACUCAUACAGGCGAAAGACCUCAUGUCUGUGAAUACAAUUCUUGCGGCAAAUCAUUCAGCGAUUCUUCCUCUUUGGCUAGACAUCGCCGUACACAUACUGGCAAACGCCCUUAUGUUUGUGAUGUCCAAGAAUGUGGCAAAUCUUUCACUCGUAAAACUACAUUGUCUAGACAUCAAAGAUGUCAUGAUCCUCAAUGGAAAACUUUCAACCUCUCCAAGAUUGCCUCGCCUUAUUCGCCCGCAUCUCCUGCUACUAGCUGUGAUUCAGAUGACAUCCCUACUAGUCCCAUUACGACUCUGAUGGAUUACCGUUCUUCACCGCCCAUGGUUGCUCCCAUCGCAUUCCGCCCUCACCAUCACCAUCAAGCUUCUCUGCCUCACCCUCAGCAACAUAUUUCAUAUACCCACCAUUACGAGAGUAAGCCACCUAUGAUGACUAGAUGUCAACCUAUCUCAUAUAGCCACCAUCAACAACCUACAUGGACUGAUAAUUCUCCCUACAGCAGCAAUACAUUCUACAGCAGAUCGCCUCCUUAUCCUAUUCAACAGCAAAGGCCAUCCUACCCAUUCUCUAUCAAAUUAGAGCAAUGA